AUGUAUGAUCUAAGACCCAGAACACUCACCUUCCUUGAGGUUGCUCUUCCUCCCACUACUGAUACUACACCGAUUUUUUCACUCCUCUUUUUUUCACAAUGCUCGGUGUUCAAAGGUAAGGAUCGGACUCAAAUCAAUUUGUUCUCAGAUGCUCAAUGUUGAUCUUAGAAUUCACAAACGAAUCUUUCUACUUGUAUGUCAUGAUAUAUCUGCAAAGAUUCUGUCUUUUGUAUUGAUAACAUCUGGAAGUGUGAUUUCUUGAUUAGAGAGAGUUCUGUAUGAUUCAGAAGAAGUUGAUAGUGUUUAGAGUUUGGUGUGUGACUUUUAUGUACAUCAGGAUUUUCCAGGAGCACAUCAUCCGCAGAGGCCGGUGGUGUAUUAGGAGGGUCUACUCGUGGUUUUUUAACUUGUUGAUGCAGUCUUAUUGGAACGAGAUUGAGGAUUGCAAGGUGAAGAUAUUUGAUAAACUGAGUGAAAAAGCUGAAAAGGUUUUGGAGAUUGGUAUUGGCACAGGUCCUAAUAUGAGAUACUACGCUGCUCGCAAUAGUAACGUUACUCUAUAUGGGUUGGAUCCAAAUCCCAAAAUGAAGAAAUACGCACGCAAAUCCGCUACCAAAGCAGGAUUGAAACCUAAAAACUUUAGAUUCAAGCAAGGAGUAGGAGAAGCUAUACCAUUAAAAGAUAACUCUGUGGAUGCAGUUGUUGCAACACUGGUUCUAUGUUCUGUCUCUGAUGUCACUCAAACACUCAAAGAAAUCAAACGUGUGCUGAGACAAGGAGGGGUUUUCAUCUUCUUAGAACAUGUUGCAGCAAAAGAUGGAUCGUUCUUCAAGCGUUUGCAGAAAUUGUUAGAUCCGUUGCAGCAGAGACUUGCAGAUGGAUGCCAUUUGGCAAGAAACACGAGAGAGUGCAUCUUGGAAGCUGGUUUUAGUGGAGGAGUUGAAGUACAGACCUUUUCUAUGUAUAGCUUCCCUUGGAUGACAAGACCUCAUAUCUAUGGACUAGCUUACAACUAA